GAAAGGCCCAGCAGCGGCCGCUCGGUUCCUGCCCCGCGGGGCUCUGAGCAGGUGGAGAACAUGCAGCCCUUGGCCCUCAUCCUUGUCAGCCUUGCGGGAGCUGUCUCUCAAACAAGAGAAAAACCUGCAUUUUCUCACGUUUUUCUGUGGCGAACAGAAAACCCAGCUCCCUGCACAUGAUACUGGGUCAAUAAUUAUUAUGAUUUGACUGUGUCAAGGUGAGUCCAGGACAAAUGCUGUCCCGGAGUCAUUCAGCCUGGGAUUGGGACUUGAUGUUCACAUUUCAGGACUGUCCCGUCCAAUUAGGGAUGUGGGGGUCACCUUACCUGCUGCCCAGAUUGGAGGCUCUGACCAGCUCUGCUCUGCUCUGAUUGGAGGCCUGCUCUUGCCAGGCAGCUGUAAUCAGCUCCAUUGAUCUCCAAGUGUCAACACCGUUAGGUGCCCCUACCCCAGCAUCUCCAGCUCAAGCUGACCAGGAAGUAUUGGCACAUUGUUUGCACACUCCUGCUGCUGCCAUCACAGCUGGGAUAUAAGGAGGCGAGCAUCGAGGGCCCUGUGACUGGGGACGCACAGGCUCCACUGCAAAGCAGCUCGGCUCUCAUCCCUCCUCCUUCUUCCUGCCCUGACUGCUGCUGCUUUCCCAAAGUCCAAAAGAACAUGGAGAAGCUGCUGCUUUGGCUCCUGGUCCUGACUGGUCUUUCAGGCAUCACAGCCCAGGAAGAUCUCUUUGGCCACGUGCUCAUAUUCCCUAAGGCUUCUCCAACUGCCUAUAUCCCACUGGGAACCAAGAACAAGCAGUCGCUACAGAGCUUCACCGUCUGCCUGAGAUACUUCUCUGACCUGACCCGGGAUUACAGCCUCUUUUCCUACGCCAGCAGGACCAGCGACAAUGAGAUCCUCCUCUUCAGAAGUUUCCCUGACGUGUACAAGAUCUACAUAGGGGGGACAGCAGUGACCUUCCGAGUCCCAGAGAAAGAGAAGAAAUGGCCUGAGUGGGUCCACAUCUGCACCAGCUGGGAGUCUGCCACGGGCAUCGUCCAGCUGUGGGUGGAUGGGAAGCCCUUGCCCCGCAAAGGGCUGCAGAAAGGCUACUCUGUGAAGGCUGAAGCUGUUAUUCUGCUGGGCCAGGAUCAGGACUCUUAUGGGGCCGGGUUUGAUGAGAACCAGUCCUUUGUUGGGGAAAUCACUGAUGUGCACAUGUGGGACCAUGUUCUCACUCCAGCUGAAAUUCGACUGAUCAAGAACAAUGAGGUCCUGCCUUUGCACCCCAUGGACUGGCGGAACAUGAGCUAUGAAAUUAAAGGCUAUGUCCUGCUGAAACCCAGCCUGUGCCCCGUGUACCGUGCACCCCAAGCCACGCAGGAAGAGGAGCUGUGAAAGGGCCAGGCAAACCGGUGCUCCUCUGUGCCAGUGUGACCGUAUAAUGGGGCAGCCCCAGGGGUCUGGGCCCAUGGCUUUUCUGGGAAUGUUUUUCUGUGUGUGCAUGUGUGGCUGUGUCCAGCUGGGCCUAGUGUGCAGGUGUGUUUGUAUGUAGCUUAUGCAAAUAUUUAAGCUGCUGUUGUGUCCCUGUGGGCUCUGUGCUGUAACGUGACCCUGUCAUGUCCAGUGCCCUUUGCACAAAACCAGCGCUAUGGAAAGGCCACAGGGCACAGCUGAGUCUCAACUGCCCAUGCUCCUUGCACACAUCCAAGCAUUGCAGGCCCAGCUGCACCCAGACACAUACACGCACAUGCAUGCACACACACCCACACUCACACACACACUCACACAUACACCCACAUCUUAUCAGAAGCUUCAUCUUAUCAGAGACAAGCCACCAUCAUCAUUGUUGUCAUCGUCAGCAGCAGUAGUGCAUCUCAGCAUCCAGGUAAAAUGAAAUUCAAGGGUAAAUCACAGCUGAAAUGAAGGUUAAAACCCCGAAGGAAAUGAUGGUGCAGAAUCACAAUAAACACCACUGGCUU